CAUGAGGACCGACAGGUGGCGCUAGCUCCACAACAGAGGCCAAAUAGACAGGUCUACAGAUAUAUUUCAUAAACAGAUCCAGAAAAUGUAGUCAUCCAUACAAAUGCAUUACACGGAAAAUAACGCGUAAUCAUGACACUUCACAUCGCCGUGGAAGAUGCCCUAGUCUCCUACACUGCGGCACAGUUAACUGAUGGACAUCGGUUUCCAGGGGAGGGCACUGCUAGUUCGACAGGUUUAUCAGCGUGACGUGACUGGAAGGCAAAUAAAAGUUUAUCAACUCUCCGUAACAACCAUAUAUGCUAGCCAUAUGCAGGCAUCCCAACUUUGCCAGUCCACUUAAACAAACGUCAAGGGUUGUGUUGUCGGCGCGCUUAAAGAUUCCUUAAAACCUUCCUCCCAAUGAAACCAUAACCUGCUCCAGCGUUCAUCACGCAACCCACAAGCAACAACGAGAUGAUGUUAGUAGAUGAUCGUGUCUGGGCUCUGUUCAAGGGACACUGGCAGCACACACUGACUUACUGGAGCGUGUUCUUCAGUUUCGGGCUGUGUAUCGCGUUCCUGGGGCCGACCAUCCUGGACCUGAGGUGUCAGACUCAGUCCACUCUGCAGGAGAUCACUUGGGUCUUCUUCGCCCAACAGCUCUUCCUCAUGCUGGGGAGCGCCCUGGGAGGACUCUUCAAGAAGACGCUCCGCUGCUCCCUCUCAGCUCUCUUCGUCUCCAGUCUUGUCAUCUCCGUGGUGUUUGCCAUCAUCCCACUUUGCCACCAUGUGCUGAUGCUGGCUGUUGCCAUGGCGAUAUCUGGCACGGCAAUGGGGGUGAUUGACACCAUCGCCAACCUGCAGCUGGUGAAGCUCUACCAGAAAGACUCAGCCAUUUUCCUACAGGUCCUGCAUUUCUUCAUAGGGCUGGGAGCGUUGGUCAGUCCCCUGGUAGCAGACCCAUUCCUGUCGGAGGGGAGUUGUGUUCUGGGGGGGAACAUGACAGCCAACUCCUCCACUGACCUCCAUCACCUCCGCAGCUACCUGGCAGGUAAGGGGACAACCCCUCUGCACAACGUAUCCCACCACUACCACCUCCACACAGAGGGCAUCAUCACCACCAAUGUGUCCUACGCAUUCUGGAUCAUGGCUCUUAUCAAUCUGCCUGUACCAGUAGCAGUGUAUGUCUUGAUGUAUCGUGAGAGGCUGUUCCCCUGCUCGAACCACAGCCCACGUCUACUGGACAAGGAGAAAAACUCACAGAAGAACCAACAGGACCACAAUAUCCAGGGUCACGGGGGUUUGUUUGGCUGCUGUAACUAUGCUGAUGUGAAGGAUCGCCCUGCCUCCUAUUUCCUCCUCUACAUUCUGGGUGGAGCCGUGCUCUUCAUCACUGACGGCAUAAUAAUUUGUUCUCUUACACAGGGUUCUUACACAGGAUUCAUUUACACCUACGCAGUGUCUCCUCCCCUCUCUCUGCCUCACAAGACGGCAGGCUGUCUGACCAGUGUGUUCUGGGCAUCCGUCACCGCGGGCAGACUGGCGUCUAUAUAUCUGUCAUACAGAUACACACAACAACGACUCAUCUCGGUCAGCCUGGCAGGGAUGAUGGCGGUGCAGUGUCUGCUGUUGAUCCUGUACUCCAGCCCUGUGUUCCUCUUCAUGGGGACGUGUGUGUUAGGCCUCUUCAUCAGCAGUGUGUUCCCCUGCAUGGUGGCCCUCACAGAAGACAUGGUCAACUAUAAAGGGUGUGCCACUACUGUCCUGGUGACCAGUGCUGGUACAGGAGAGAUGGUGCUGCAGCUUCUCACAGGACAGUUGAUCCACAGUAAAGGCAGUUAUAGUUUCAUGUUGGUUGGUAUGAUAUCAUCCUGCAUCGGAUUCACAGUAUUCCUGGGCCUAAUCUACAUCCAGCAUCUACACAAGAGCUCCCAAGCAGCCACUAGUAAGGAAAUGGCCAUGACAGAGAAGCCUUCAAUGUAAAGCCAUGAACAGGUGGAGACCAAAGCUUCCUCCAUUGGCAUGCUGUUUAUUCAAACUCAACGGCAGCUGGUGUCCUGCUGGAUCCUUACUGCUCCAUGUCUUAUAGAGCGUUCAUGUAGACAGUGACCCGUGUGACUCCAGUGGAGUGGUCACAUGAGGACAGAUGGUGUUGCUAUGUGAGCAAGGUGUGGUGGUUAGUUACCUCGUAAAACUCACUGGAUUAGGAAAACAUACUUCCAAAUCUAGUCUUCAGAGGCUAAGGAACAGACAAACAGGGUGACUAGAGCAAGGUUUUUUUAAUAGUCUUCUGUUAAACGUUUCCUAUUUCACCUCAAACACAAACAGCUUGUAAACAUUUGAAAAGCAUUGAACAAAUAAUUUACAGAAGUGAACAAAACAAGAACGAUAGAAGCAAAUGUACUGGUUUCAUAAUUGAAUUGUGAUUCAAAUAAAAACAAUUGUUAAAAUGUAUUUUUUUUUUACAGAAAUAUCCACUAGGUGUAAUGCUGGGUUGAAUAGGGUCGAAUGAAUGAAACCUGAAUCAGAAUGAUCACACCUACAAUAUGGCUGCCUAUUCAGAGGUUGUCUUUAUCAAAACUGGUCAUAUUAUAGAACUCUGACUACUGUAUCAAGUUAACAAAUCUAACUCUUUAGAAAAUACACAUUUGUAAUAGGGCUUAACUAAAGGGACUCUGCCACUUUAAGAGGCAUUAGGAUUUUAAAUGAAGCAAUCAGCAGUUGAAAUGAUAAAGCGGUGACUCACCCUUGUUUCGGUAAAAAGCUGAGGAUGGGGCUGGAGAAAUGUAAGCACUCAAAUUCAGAUGGAUGCGAGGACUAUAUCAAAACUAUAGUUUUAAACAUGUUUUGAGGCUAUAUAGUGUUUGUUUACGUUUACUUUUUUUUCAAACACGAGUAAAACAAGCUUAUUCUGGGUUCUGUUGGCCAGGAGAUUUGAACUAAGCUCAAUAGGUACAUAUUCAUAAGUCAAAUGGAUGUAGCAACUGCUGAUUGCCCCUUUAAAGACGCACUUCCUUAGAAUAAACAUUUUAAAUGUAAUCUUUAGAUUUGCAAUAUUAAAGUAUUUUGUGCAUAGUUUUACUGUUGAUUUGGGAAAAUAAAUGUACAGAAUUCGUUUACAACUAUAAUUAGGGUUAAUAUAGAUUUUUCAAACACAGGAAAAAAAGUUAUUUAAAACAAAGGACAAAUCCAAUACGACAGGUACCCUAUUGUUCUAAGUGCCAAUGUUGACACACACACACACACAAUAUUAAAGUCCAAUGCAUCAGUUUUUCAACAUCAAAUAUUUUAUGGGCAACGAUUACCUUACUGAUUGUUUAAUAAAAUUUGUCAAAAAGCAACAAAAAUAGCAAUAUCUCAAUCAAUAAUUUUGCUAGGACUGUCAGGGAGUGGUCUGAGUGGGGAGGGGGAAACCGAAAAGGAGUUAGGUUUGGAAUUGUUUCUUAUUGGUCUAUUAACUAAUUUACCGCAUGGUGUCGCCAUAGAAGGCCAAAACUCCAUCCCACCAAAACGGGCUUAAAUUUCAGGCAGUCUUUUCAAACAGCUCUUAAACAGAAAGGGCAUUAUCAUUUUCACAAUAUCAUUUUCACAAUUUCAUUAUUCUUCCAACCUCUGGAUGGAUGGAUAAAAACACAUGAAAUCAAGUCUGACUGCACUGGGCCUUUAACAAUAUCAAAAUACUUAACAAAGACGGAUUUAAGUUUCCCUCUGUAAGGCUUUGAUUUGCAAAUAGUCAAAUGUCAUCAUCACUUCCCAACACUGAGUAAAGAAAACCCACGGAAAAAACAAAAUCAAAUAAGACAUCAGCGUUAAAAACAGACUGCAGAACAGCAUUGAGCCUAGCAUCUGGCCAUGUUACAAAAACACAUUACAAUUCAGUCGGGGGGGUAAAUGGAAUUCAGCUGAAGUAAAUACACACUUGUGUUAUUUGAUUGUCUUAUUUACUUGUCAGAUACAGAGGGAAAGGGAGCUUUGAUUGUGUAUGGAAAAUGUCUUAGUUGUGCAAAAUCGAGCUUAGCAGAAUCACUCUAAACAGGAUUCUGGUACAUUAAAACCUCAUUCAUUUUCCUGAUUCACAGGACUUGCAAAUGUGGGUGACGAUAUUCCAUACUGCUGGAAUCCUUAAUUGUGAAACAGCCACGUCCGUUUGCGAUAUUAGAACAAAGAAGUUACUGCAAACAGUUUUUUCCCCCCUCGGACAUCAUUGUACGCACGAUAGAAGACCUAUGUCCUGCAUUUUUUUUCUCAGCUCGGCCAGAAUAACAACAACAAUGGUGGUGUGGCCAGGGGCACAGAUUCCAUCUUUAAGGCAACUGUCAUUAAAAUCAAAAUAACUAUACAAACCUGUUCUAAAACAUGAAUCAUACAAAGAAAAUGUGUUAAGUCACAAACCAUAUUGCUUUGUGUCAUACUUUGUGAACACCCUGUGUGGGUUUUCUCCCAGUAGCCUGGGUACCAGACUGGUUAUGCCUUCAACCAUGCCACAUCAGUGCCCUUCCCAAAGUCUUGGCACGGUGACAUGUUGGCAAAGCAGAAACAGACUGACACCAACCAGGCUAUUCACUGGCCAUGUCAUGGGAAUGGCUGUUUCACCCCCACCUGUUAGUUCAAUGGGAGAGGAAACAUACUGUACAUAGGAGAGCAGACAUUAGACAAGUAAAGGACUGGUAGAAAUCUAGAAUACUUACACUCUGUAUUCUAGUACUUCACCAAAUACUGUUGUAGUGCUCUGUUGAAGUUUGCGCCCAGGGAGACCAGGGCAGUGGGGAGGAGGGUAGAGAGUGGACAGGGGAGGGGAUGGCUGUUCCCACACUCCUCAGGUUUGGCUUUAGAGGUUUAAGGCACCACGUUAACAUGGCUGAUUCUUAUGGCGCAACCUUACAGGUUAGUGACAAACUCCUCUGCCAUCCAACAAUUCAAUUCUAUCAGAGUCCAGAUGUGAUUUCCCUUCACACAUUUCAUGUUUUCCUUAUAGCUUCACAACAGAAAUGCACAGCCUUAGGGUUAGUUUAUGGCGAGGAUCCUUAUUUGCUCAAUCUCCACAAGGUUAGUAGUUAUUUGGCAAAGGAGGUGAUAUUAAUCUGUCCAACUAUCUGAGGCGGCAGGGUUGUUUAUAAGUUAGGAAUGUGGUUAAGGCUAGGUUUUAGGUUGGGGUUACAGUAAGGGUUAUGGCUUCUCAUAAACUGACCUAUAGCCAUAGGGCCUUUUUGCAUACAUAAAUUCAAUAUCUUCCAAGCAUCACACAUGCAUAAGUCCCAUAAAUAUGCAUGUUUUUCUCUGGUAGAGACUGAGGUGGUUUGGUUCUGUUCUGAUUUGGCUGCCUGUAUACUGGUCUAAGUGAGAGAAUUACAGUAAGGACAUUUUGUUAUGGCAAAAGACCAUUACACACCGCAGAGAGCAGAGUCACGACCUCACACUGCUUCACUUAUAGUGGCAGGCCUCGCACUGCUUCAUAUAUACUGGCAGGCCUCGCACUGCUUCAUAUAUACUGGCAGGCCUCGCACUGCUUCAUAUAUACUGGCAGGCCUCGCACUGCUUUAUAUAUACUGGCAGGCCUCGCACUGCUUUAUAUAUACUGGCAGGCCUCGCACUGCUUUAUAUAUACUGGCAGGCCUCGCACUGCUUUAUAUAUACUGGCAGGCCUCGCACUGCUUUAUAUAUACAGGUAGGCCUCGCACUGCUUCAUGCAGUUGAAGUCGGAAGUUUACAUACAGGUUGGAGUCAUUAACUCGUUUUUCAACAAACUAUAGUUUUG